AUGCCUCCACGAAACGCUGAUGUCGACGAAACGCUGGUGUGUUUCGUCAACAUUGGUCACGGCGAGUCAGGCACGGCGAAACAGGGGAGUUUCGCCGAAGAUAACAUUUCCAAGUGGGAGGAACGUGUAUGCAUAAACAGUGGAAGAAAGUUUUACAAACCAAAAGUCAGUGGAUCUCUUACACCUGCUGUUGGAAUGCUUUUUAAGUCAUUUGAUGAGGCAUUUGCAUUUUAUCAGAGAUAUGCACUUGCUGCAGGUUUUUCUGCAAGAAAAAAUACCUCUUGGAAAAAUGUUGGUGGUUUAGUAAAAAUAAGAUAUAUUGUCUGUUCAAAAGAAGGAUUUCAUGUUUCCAAAGCAAUAGAUUCUGGUUCAGUUGAGAAUAGUAAAAAGAUUGUUAGACGUAAUAGAGGUUCAAAAAGAGUUGGAUGCAAUGCUCAUGUGAAACUAAUAUUAGAGGACAAUAAUAUGUUUAAACUCUACUUCUUUGAAGAAGAAUAUAAUCAUAUCUUUGUUGAAGAUGAAGAUAUUCAUUUCUUGCCGGCUGCCAGAAGUAUCGAUUAUGUAAAAGAAAGUUUUAUAUCUGGAUUGUCUGCAAUCAAUAUUGGACCUGUUAAAGCAUUCAAUAUUAUGAAAACAAUUUAUGGUGGUUUUGGUGAAGUUGGAGCUAGUAAAGUUGAUUGUAAGAAUUAUAGAAGGGAUUUGAAUCUUUACAUCGGAGAGUAUGAUGCAGAAAUGGUAGUUAGGCGCCUUAUUAGGAAGAAAGAAUGUUGUCCUGGUUUCACAUAUGAUUAUGUUAUUGGAAUCAAAAAAAAUUAUACAGUGUUUGGUGACAUAUUUGGUUUUGAUGCUACUUAUAAAUCAAACAAGUAUGAUUUGGUUUUUGUACCAUUUACUGGUAUUGAUAAUCAUUUUAGGAAUGUCACAUUUGGUGGUGCAUUACUUGGUUCGGAGACUGCAGAUUCGUAUAGAUGGCUUUUAAGAUGCUUUGUUAAUGCUUUUGGAAGUGAGCCUAAAGUUGUUGUUACUGAUCAAGAUGCUGCAAUGAAGAGAGCUAUUAAGGAUGUACUUCCAAGAAGUAGGCAUAGGUUAUGUAUGUGGCAUAUAUGGGAGAAAUUGAAGACAAAGGUUGGUCCUGUUUUGUCAGCAAACACUGAUUUUAAUACAAGAAUGACUCGUGUUGUUUGGAAUGAUACUAUUAUUCCAGAAGAUUUUGAAACUGAGUGGCAUUCAAUAAUGUCUACUUUUGGAUUGGAAAAUCAUGAGUGGUUAAAAGACAUGUACGAUCUUCGAUUUGAUUGGAUUCCUGCUUAUUACCAUGGAGAGGAUUUGGCUGGGCUUAUGCGUACUACCUCAAGAUGUGAAAGCGAGAAUUACUUCUUUGGUCAGAUUUGCAAUCCAAGAUGUACACUUGUUGAAUUUUUCACUCAUUUUGAGACAGCAAUGGAUAUUCAAAGGCAUAAGCAUAGGAGGAAUGAUCAUGAUACAAGGUAUAUUGAGUGUAAACCAUGGAGUGACUUUGUAUUGGAGAAACAAGCAUCAGAAAUAUACACCCAAACAAUUUUUAAGGAUAUUCAAAUUGAAAUUAAUGCUGCUAUUACAAAGUGUAUGUCAAAGUCUGUUGAUACUGUGGGUGAUUUUCAAUAUUUUGAAAUAAAGGAUUUCAGACAGCCAUGCACAUCUUUUUUCAAGGUGCAAUACAGCAAAGAAGAAGAUGGUUUAAGUAUAAAUUGUUCUUGCAAAGGGUUUGAACAAUUUGGAAUAGUAAGUGAGAUUGAUAAAGUUUAUAGAGAGAUUGUUCUUGCAAAUGAGUACGUGGUUAAUAAGCUGGUUGGCGAUUUAGAUGAAUUGUGUCAUUACAGGGAUCAUAUUAAAAGUUAUAUUGAUAAAGCGGAUGAGGUUAUGGUUGUUGCGCCGCCUCCUACUCGCAAAGAAAGAUUUGCUGAUAUUGGAGGGAACAUAGAGAAAUCUGAUUCUAUGAUUCGUGUCCCCAUCAAAACAAGGACCAAAGGAUGCGGUGUACAAAAAAGGAUCAAGUCUAAUCGUGAGAUUGCAAUUUAG